CUAAAAACAAGAGCACCAGUUUAAUUUUACCAUUUUUUACAUUAGGCGUUUGCAUUAUCAAGCUUCAUCCACACAAGCCAUAAUUGGCUGUUCUUGACAGGAUGCAUGCUGAAAGGUCCGUAAUGUCAUAGCUGUGAAAUGAAUGUCACUGAUAUAAUCUAGUGUGGGGUGGCAUGUUUUGCCAAAGGUAGGAGCAUGUUAUUUGGUACCUUAUGGAGACUGCCUCUAUUAUGGCCUCUUUAAAAGAUUUUAAAAGCUACUAUUUGUCAUAGCUCACUAGUUUGAGUAUGUUUGCUACAUGAUAAAUAACAGUGCAUUUGUUGAAACACAGUUUAACUUAAUAGAUUUUAAUAUAAAGCUAUCAAUACCCUGACUUAAUAUAGAGGUUUCUAGUAAUUUAUUUUAUAGUAAAUAUUAAUCCUAGAAAGAUGCUAAGCUAAACUGAGCUCAACUAGUGCAUGUAAUUAGUUCUUAUGUGAUAUUUAAUAUGUUACGACUUAUUGUAUGUUUAUAUCCUGUACAUUGUAUAAUACACACACAGUUAAAAGUUUUGAUCAUAUCCUCGUAUCAUUGCCGUAAAUGUGUUCCUCAUCUUAAACUCUGAUCAGGUAAGACAUAUACAUAUACUUUCCAGCUUUUCUAUUUACAAAAUAUCUUCAAAGCUACUGUUCAAAACUUUGGAAUUUGUUAGGAAUCUGUUAAUAAUAAAAUGAAUGAAAUUGGUUGCAGAUAAAUGGAACAUGUAACAUUUAUAAAAAUGAAUUUAUUAAUAGAAUGGAAAUCUAUAACAUGCAUACAUAAAAAAAACAUUCAACAUAGCUGUUAAUAAUAGUGAAAUGAAAAAAGUUGAAAUUUAGAGCAUCUAGAAAAAAGUUACUUUCCAGAAUGACAUAUUUCAAAAGAAAAUCAGAUCUCAAUAAAAUAAUGCCAGUAAAUCAGUAGUUGAUUAUAUAUUAUUGAAUAACUUUUAGGUCCUAAAUCUUAAUGAUACUGAUUAAGACAUAAAGUAAACUGAACUGAAUUGUAGAAUUACAUAAACUGUCUUUCUGCGAGUAUUAUAUGUAAAUUAUUUGUUAAUAUGAUUAGUAAUUCCAAGUUUUUGAACAGUAGGAUAUUCAGUUGGAAAAACAGUUACCGUAUUUUUCGCACUUUUAAGGCGCACCGCGUUAUAAGGAGCACUAUCAAUAAACGUUUUCUGGUCUAUUUUCGUAUACAAGGCGCACCAGAUCAUAAUGCGCACAACAAAGUCAGAUGAGCACUGGAAGUUAAUCUACACAGAUUUCUCUCCUGAAUUCUGUUUUUUUGGGUGAGUAAAGUGCUAUCGUUUAUCUACAGUAAGCUUAGAUUUCCAGAUUUCCUCUAAGGCUAGCCAGACAGCGCUACACUGAGGAACCCUGAGUGUUCCGGUAACCCAGGCAAUGUAAGCCAGCAGUGUGUCCCUUAUAGCUUUAACACGGUAAACAUGAAGGCUACAGUCCUAUAUACUCACCUCUGAAUGGCAAAAGAGCUAGCUAGUGCUCAGUUUGGUUAGCGAGUAAUGCUAAUGUUGCUCCAGCAGCGCUAGCCAGGGUUAGCAGUAGGCUACAGGCCGAUAAUACGCACCUCUGAAUGGCAAAACAGAUAAAUUAAAGGAUUUUAAGGGUGCCUUACAUUGCGAAAAAUAUGAUGGUUAUAAAACCCAAACCUACAAGUUUAGUUUUAACCAUAGUAGAUUUAUUUCUCAGAAGGAAAUUUCAGGUAUUUCUGGAUUUACCUAAAUCUGCAUGGUAAGUGUCUGUCUGUAAUGGCCUCCUCCUCCUGUCUUGUGACUGCUGUUGCCUUGUUUCCAGGUCAUGGGGCAUCAUAAUGCCAACCUCGACCCACUGGGCAUCAGUUGUGUAAAUUUUGACGAGGCCCCAGUAGCUACUGGGUACCAGCAUGUUGGCUUUUAUGGCCUGGAUGAGUCAGACCUAGAUAAAGUGUUCCGGCUGCCCACCACCACCUUCAUCGGGGGCACGGAGAGCGCGCUGCCGCUGCGGGAAAUCAUCCGCCGCCUGGAGAUGUCAUACUGCCAGCACAUAGGCGUAGAGUUUAUGUUCAUCAAUGAUCUGGAGCAGUGCCAGUGGAUUCGGCAGAAGUUUGAGACGCCUGGAGCCAUGCAGUUCAGCCUGGAGGAGAAAAGAACACUGCUGGCCCGUAUGGUUCGCUCGACCAGGUUUGAGGAGUUUCUGCAAAGGAAGUGGUCCUCUGAGAAGCGUUUUGGGCUGGAGGGAUGUGAGAGCCUCAUCCCAGCACUCAAAACCAUCAUCGAUAGGUCCAGUGCAAAUGGUGUGGAGAACGUAAUCAUGGGCAUGCCUCACAGAGGGCGUCUGAAUGUGCUGGCCAAUGUGAUCAGGAAGGAGCUGGAGCAGAUUUUCUGCCAGUUUGACUCUAAAUUGGAGGCUGCUGAUGAGGGCUCAGGAGAUGUGAAGUAUCACUUGGGGAUGUAUCACAGGAGGAUCAAUCGUGUGACGGACCGGAACAUCACACUGUCUCUGGUGGCCAACCCGUCGCAUUUAGAGGCUGUGAACCCUGUGGUGCAGGGCAAGACCAAAGCAGAGCAGUUCUACUGUGGAGACACUGAUGGCAACAGGGUGAUGUCUAUUCUACUCCAUGGUGAUGCAGCGUUUGCUGGACAGGGCAUCGUCUACGAAACGUUCCAUUUGAGUGAUCUACCUUCAUACACUACCCACGGCACAGUGCACGUGGUUGCCAACAACCAGAUUGGCUUUACCACUGACCCCCGUAUGGCACGCUCCUCUCCGUACCCCACUGAUGUCGCCCGUGUGGUUAACGCCCCCAUCUUCCACGUUAAUGCGGACGACCCAGAAGCUGUCAUGUACGUCUGUAAUGUAGCAGCUGAAUGGAGAGCCACUUUCCACAAGGACGUUGUGGUCGACCUGGUGUCUUAUCGUCGUAAUGGUCAUAAUGAGAUGGAUGAGCCCAUGUUCACCCAGCCACUGAUGUACAAGCAGAUCAAGAAGCAGAAGCCCGUGCUGCAGAAAUAUGCAGAGAAACUCAUUGCUGAGGGUGUGGUCACCCGCCAGGAGUACGAGGAGGAGAUUGCUAAAUAUGACAAAAUCUGUGAGGAGGCUCACGCACGCUCCAAGGACGAGAAGAUCCUUCACAUUAAGCACUGGCUGGACUCCCCCUGGCCCGGUUUUUUCACUCUGGACGGUCAGCCCAAGAGCAUGAGCUGCCCUUCUACUGGACUGACUGAAGAGGAGCUUGCACAUAUUGGACAGGUGGCAUCGUCCGUACCUGUGGAAGACUUUACCAUUCAUGGAGGUUUGAGUCGAAUUCUGAAAGGUCGUGGUGAGAUGAUCAAGAACCGGACAGUGGACUGGGCUCUGGGAGAGUACAUGGCCUUUGGCUCUUUGCUCAAAGAGGGCAUCCAUGUCCGCCUUAGUGGCCAAGACGUGGAGAGGGGAACCUUCAGUCACCGUCACCAUGUCCUCCACGACCAGAACGUGGAUAAGAGGACCUGUAUCCCCAUGAACCACGUUGCCCCCAACCAGGCUCCCUACACUGUCUGCAACAGCUCACUGUCUGAAUAUGGAGUGCUGGGGUUUGAGUUGGGCUUUGCCAUGGCCAGCCCAAAUGCUCUGGUUCUCUGGGAGGCCCAGUUUGGAGACUUUCACAACACAGCCCAAUGUAUAAUUGACCAGUUCAUCUGCCCUGGUCAGGCCAAGUGGGUCCGCCAGAAUGGCAUCGUCCUGCUGCUGCCACAUGGAAUGGAGGGCAUGGGUCCUGAGCACUCUUCUGCCCGUCCUGAACGGUUCCUGCAGAUGUGCAACGAUGAUCCUGAUGUUUUCCCUAAAAUCACAGAUGACUUUGCAGUGCGUCAGCUGUAUGACUGUAACUGGAUUGUGGUGAACUGCUCCACUCCUGCCAAUUAUUUCCAUGUCCUGAGGAGGCAGAUCCUGCAGCCUUUCAGGAAGCCUCUCAUUGUUUUCACUCCCAAAUCUUUGCUGCGCCACCCGGAGGCCAAGUCCAACUUUGACCUCAUGCUGCCAGGCACCCAUUUCCAGCGUCUGAUUGUGGAGGAGGGCUCUGCAGCCCAGAACCCGUCUGAGGUGAAGCGUCUGAUCUUCUGCACAGGAAAAGUCUACUAUGAGCUCACUCGUGAACGCAAAACUCGCAAUAUGGAGGAUACUGUGGCCAUCGCUCGCAUCGAGCAGCUGUCUCCAUUCCCCUUCGAUCUGGUCAAGGCUGAGACUGAGAAGUACCCCAAUGCUGACCUGGUCUGGUGCCAGGAGGAGCAUAAGAAUCAGGGUUACUACGACUAUGUGAAGCCCCGCAUGCGUACCACUAUUGAUCGUGUCAAGCCUGUCUGGUACGCCGGUCGUGAACCUGCCGCUGCUCCUGCCACUGGAAGCAAGAAUUCCCAUCUGAUGGAGCUGAAGCGUUUCCUGGACACUGCCUUCAAUUUGGACGCCUUCAAAGAUCACGUUUAGUUCUGCCCUUGCAAAUGAAACCCUAGAAAAUUUGUCGUUGUCCAGCGCAUGCCCGCAAACAUCCUCAUCAGUCCUCCAGAUCAGUUCUCAUUAUUGUGCCUGUGCCCUGUCCAAAACACUGCUUUUCAAACCCACACCCACUUCAUCUGUCACACACACACUCUGACUUCGGGCCAAGAAACAAAAGGUAGUUCUCCAAAUGCAUAAAAGCACUCUUUCCGUCCUCAGCACACACACUCAAACAAAAGUGCGCACACACACACAGACACACAAGCUAACAGUUGCUUGUUACCUUUCUGGACUCGCUAUUGUUAGGCUAAAUCCAUUCUCUCUACUGUAGCGUCCCUGCAAUCUACUGUCAUCUCCAGUCUUUACAACCAGACUUUUUUUUUCCUCUUCAAUAAGCCAAGUCACAAAUGACCGCACAAACUAGCAUAUAUCCUAACAGUUAUCACAGAUUUUACAGACGGGCAACCAAAGCACAGCUUGUCAAAGCUUUCAUUACUCCUGAUUAUGAAAUUUCAACUCUGAAUAUUGUACAACUUUUUUUUUUUUUUUUUUUUUUUUUUUGUGGACAGUGGUGAUUUCCUCCUUGGUUUUCAUGUUGCUUUUUCCAUAUAUGAGGCUAAAGCUAGUCAGGAUUUUGUGACAGAUGGUUAAACAUGGAAAUUAUUCAAGUCCCCAAUUGAAUUUGUAUUGUAUGAGUGGAGUUUUCUAAGUUAGCUAACAGUCAAAUCAAUUUACAAACAACAUGGUGAUGAAAGAUCUCUCAAUUUUUGUUGCGAUCGCUCUGUUGGUCUAGGGUUAUUAUGCUAGCUCUGAGCUAAUUACAUCCAAAUUUCUUUUAUGAAAGGCUUUAAGUUCUGUUUUUUUUCUUCUGUGGUUUUAUUGUGGUUAUUAUUCUUUCUUUUGCUUUUGCUUUAUUAUUAUUUACAUCCAGGUAGUCGACUGAUUGGAAUGUGGUUUCUGUACACUUGUAAUAAGGGAGAAAAAAAAUGGCAUGGUCACACUCAGGAUGUUUCAUUCUUAAGUGACGUUGUACAGCAGGAUACGGAUAAGCUGACAAAUUUCCUGUGUCUUUGCACUGUUCCCCGGCAAAAAAAAUGUUCCUCAGAAACGGUUCUUUUCAUUGUAUAAUUCAUUGUAUUUAUAUAAACAUGUUCGCACAAAAGGAAUUUUUGGAGGUUAAAGAAUAAUGGAAAAGCAUACAGAAGGGCAGUGGGCAGAAGAUUGAGAGAGCUGCCUUGUCCUGUUUUUUGAGUGUAUUCUCAAUGUGCACACUAAGACACCCCCCCUCUCCUCUGCCUAAACUUCAUUUCUUUUGGUUUUCUUCUGACAUCCCAUGUGCCAAAAAAUAAAGAAAACGCACCUCUGCUCUGAUUGUAGGAAUAAUGUCUUUAGGUAACCGGCAAGACUGAAUUCACAGUGAUUCAUGUUGGUUUGGGAUUGCGCUACAAAAGAAAAUACAGGAAACAGCAUCAUGCUUGUCUCUUUCUCAAGGAGAAAGUGGAUGAUUUUAUUUAUUUUUAUUUUAGGGAACUGAGAAUCCUGUCCUUGUUUAUCUUCAUUCAAUAAACACAUUAUCUUCUCAAAA